CAUAGGGCUCUAUUGCUCCCUGAGGUGGUAGCUGCAAUAUUGAACACUGGAAGUGAUGAGCCAGGACUGUUGUACAACUGUCUUUUUGUCAACCACCUCUUUCUCGAAGAAGCAAGGCGAAUUCUGUGGUCUACCUGCGAUUCUUUCACUGGAGUUCAUCCCGACAUACAAGAUCUUGGGACGAUGGUGCUGCGCGACGACAUAGGUCCAUACCGCGCACAAGUGUAUGCGAAUCUGGUGCGGGAGUUGUCUUUCCAUUACGACAAUACCCAAAUCGACCAGACAAGUUGGCAUAGCGUAUUAUGCCAACUGGAAUUUCCACAAUUGGUAUCUGUUUCGUUCUGGGAGACAGAUCAUGGGGCAGCGCUCAACACCGAGGCUAUAAUACUUCACUACGCCAAGUCCAACCUCCGCCAACUUUCCGUCGAUGGUUGUGUACCGCUUUCGGACCACUUCUUCGAUAGGAUGGCCAGUUUGUGCUCAAAACUGAACUACUUGCUUUUGCAUCCAUUCAAAGUCACAGCUUCUUCAGACUCAGUGGUGCGAAUGUUAAAGAGAAUGCCCAAUAUCGGCUCGGUUGAUUUGGAGCGAGGAUUCGAGGAAGUCUUUUCUCUCAAAAUGUUAGAAGUAAUCGCUUCCUACCCAAACCUCAACCAAGCUGUUCUUCCAUAUGUCCAGGAUGAUGAUCUACUGGCAAUCCAGGCAGACGCGGAAAAGCGUUGGUUCCCUAAGCUCAGAUACCUGUACAUCAGCGCCACCGCAGAGAGUUUGAGAAUCUUUCGUCAGAUUGUUCCUGGGAUCGAAGCAAUAGGCUUAAAAAACCACGAAAUGGGGCGUACGAAUGAUGUAUUGAUUAGUGCGUCGGGCUUUCGGCAGCUCACAUCUUUCACCGCUCAGCUCAAUUCGAGCACAGUCAUCCACGGCGACGAGCUCCUACAAUUGGCUCAGGGCUGCCCAGGCCUGGAAGAAUUGAAGAUAGGC